AUGAGGAGUAAAGCGAUUAGCAUAAGCAGUGAUAGUGCAAGUGAUGAGGAUGUUCCGUUAACGAUAAUAAAAGUCAUCGGCAGCAAGGAUCCGAACUCAUAUCAAAGUCUACGUCAAUACAGACCUGAGGCAUGCGAGUUCUGUGAGAGAAUCUCAAAAGACAGAUAUUCAAGUUUAAUUCAUAAUGUUAAGCAUAUCAUCAUACCGUUACUGAAGCAAAAUAUAUCACAGUGCACUAUAUGCUUGCACAGUUUCACGAGUGAGGCUGAAUUAUUUUCUCACACGGUGAAAAAGCAUCCCGAUGUCCCUCUAUCUAAUUUUCUAGUCAAGGAAAGCAAUGUUAGCCAACCAGUCAAAGACACAACCAUCACAAAUAUAAAACAAAUAGGUAGCCACAAUAAUGUCUAUAACGAUACGAGAGUACCUGAUAGUGGAGUGCCAAUUAAAAGCAGACUGGUCUUCGAAGAUGAUGAUCCCAUUGUCAUAGACUGCUCUCAAGUUCUAAAUGAUCUCACGACAGAUUGCAAAGUCAAUAUUGAAUUGUUUAAUAUGAAGCCCAAUGAUGAAUUUUCCAAUAGAAGUAUACACUAUGAUGAAUUGAAGAAACCUGGUGUUUUUAGAUGCAAGAAGUGCUCGAAGAGAUUCCCAGUCAGAUUCGACGCAAUAGUCCACGAAGCGACGCAUAUAAAAAUUGAAAAUACUCAAAUUAGUUUUUGCGUCAUCUGUAAACAGUAUCUCGUUGGCGGUAGAAAGGUUCUUAGACACCAUUAUCUAACGUUUCACAACGAUCCAAUGGAGGGACGAAAUGAAAAGGCCGAAAUGGAUUAUUUACCAAAGUUUUUUGAUGAAAAUAUCGAAGGAAAAUGGGUUUUUGGCUCGAAAAUACUUACAUUAUGCGAUCUGUGUUUCUCAUUUUGUCGAAACAAGUCCACGAUGAAUUAUGAAUUCGUCAAGUCUUUAUGCGAGGUCGGCAAGAGAUAUGAGUGUGAAAAAUGUGGUCUCAAGUACUUUGAAAUUAAACUAGUGAAGAGAUCUGUUAAGAAAAGGAAUGGUUAUGGCCCCCAUUCUCUGAAAAAGAAGAAGAAGACAAAUGAAGAACGGUUAAAAAUGAUUGCUAAUAGAUUUAAAAUGUUGAAACAUUGA